AUGUACGUGUCGCCUUUUGCUGGCAACGCAGAGCGUCACUCCAAUUGUUUGAACUCCCGCUCGCCAACGUGUGACCGCUCUCUGAACGUAGCGUCCUGCCAUCCACAAUCCUUCGACAAGGCUGCAAUUAGCCUCUAUCCUCCUCAAUGCAUCCCCGUCGCCCACUGGAACGUCGUUCAUCUGCCGGCCCUCUCAAUGGGACAGCCCCCUGUUCCUCACCGUGCUGAGAGCCCAGGAAGUCCUCAGCCCUCGGAGCAUGACCGUGAUGAUGACCGCCGGCCAAACGACAACGAGGAUUUUGAGGAGUUCCACUCAGACAUAACAGCGUUUAAUUGCGAUGGAGACGAUCAUGUCCUACCCGUGGGAGCCCCUCCGCCUCCACACGAAGAUCCUCCUCAUACAGACUGGACGCCGUUCGACAGCCGGAACGAGUUUGAGGUUGCGAACUUCCUGUACAAGACGUGCCAGAUGCCCCAGAAGCGAGUCGACAUGCUUAUGAGCCUCUGGGGUGCCUCUCUCAUGAAGCAUGAUGACCAACCGCCCUUCGCUGACAACGCAGAUCUUGAAAAUGUGAUCGACGCAGCGACUAUGGGUGACAUACCAUGGAAGUCAUUUUCUGUGCACUAUACGGGCGCUGUACCUCAGGGAAAUGUCCCGUCAUGGAUGACCGCAGAACACGAGGUCUGGUACAAGUCGCCCCGCGCUGUUGCACACCAGAUCAUUGGGAAUGCGGACAUCUCGGGCGAGUUCGACAAGGUUCCCUACCGUAAGUUCGUCCAUGUUGAGGGUGCGCAAGGGCCGCAACGUCGGUUUGGUAACUUUAUGUCUGCAAAUUGGCCCUGGGAACAAGCGGACAUCAUUGCUGAAGACGAGAGAAUGCACGGAACGAUGUUCUCACCCAUCAUUCUCGGUAGUGACAAGACCACCGUCUCUGUAGCAACAGCAAAUCGCGCGCACAAAAAAUCGAAGCAGUUCCUCAAAUUCCGGCAGCAGCUUUUCCACUCCAGCCUCGCCGCAAUCCUAGACUGUCUACGACCAUACAUGGCAGAGCGGUACGACCUUGUUCGCUGUGACGCCCAUCGUGAAAACCUUGGACCAGGCGCGGAUCGCCGAACUGAAGCAAUCAGAGAAGCCCUAAUCAACACGCUAGACCCGCGGGUUCUAUGGGACGAGUACGGCAUUGUCCAUGACAUUAUCGCGAUCAUGGACUUACAAGACGCCGUCUGCAAGCCUUUCACAAAUGAUUUCCCCCGAGCGGACAUCCAUGAAUUAUUAUCAGGAGACCUCUUACAUCAAGUAAUCAAGGGCGCCUUCAAAGACCAUCUUGUGACGUGGGUCGGGGAGUAUCUGGUUCUCGAACAUGGUGAGGCACGGGGAAAGGAGAUACUCGAUGAGAUAGAUCGACGCAUUGCUGCCACGCCUUACUUCCCAGGGCUCCGACACUUCUAUGAAGGACGUGAAUUCAAACAAUGGACUGGUGAUGACUCAAAGGCCCUGAUGAAGGUAUGCAUCACGACGUACCACUUAGGACUUGACAAGUGGCUCACUCGGAACAACUUCCUGAUUAGGUCUAUCUGCCCGCAAUCUAUGGCUUAG